GGCUGACAUUCCUUGCUGGUUCUCUGACACUCCCACAGCCCCAGCGGACAGUAAGACAGUGAAUCCGGGAUGGUGAAGUGUUAAGAAUAAAAGCCAGGAGCAGAACUGGGCGCGGUGGCGCACCCAGCACUCGGGGUGGCAGAGGCAUGCGUGUCUCUGUGAGUUCGAGGCCAGCCUGGUCUAGAAAGCCAGUGCAGGACAGUCAAGGAUGCACAGAGAAGAAACUCUUGAAAACCAAAACCAACCAACCAAACAAACAAAAACAAACAAACAAACAAAAAAACCCAGAAGCACCUGGAGGGUCAAAGUAUCCCUUUGCUGUUCCAGAUAUCAAGCUAAGCCGUAAGUGAGGAGCUUCCUGCUUCCGGGACUUGCAUCCUCACGCGCAGGCGCCUGUCCGCAAAGCGCUAGCCGCCUUCCCUCAGGAAGACUUCAAAGGUCGUACCGUUCCCGUUCUCUCGCUGGGUGAGACCUGAGCUGUGAGUGUGCAUCCAGCCGCGGGGCGUCGGCAGUGCGGGAACCUCGGCUCUGUCCAAGAAUUGCCACACUCAGAUACUAAUCUCAGUGAGAUAUUGAUGGUUUAUUGAAGGCCUGUUCCAGACUGAUCAAGAUCAGGGUCACAGAAAGGAUUUGGGAGCCUAACUGAUGCUGGCUGGCCUUGAACUCAUGAAGAUCCACCUGGCUCUACUGGGAUUACAGGGACUUACGGAAGUCUCAGCAUGGUUGAGAUAGAGCAGGCCGAGGCCCAGCUCUCUGAGUUAGAUCUCCUGGCCAGUAUGUUCCCUGGUGAGAAUGAGUUCACAGUGAAUGACCAGCUGGCAUUAGCGGAGCUGAAAGAUUGUGUUGAGAAGAGGACAAUGGAGGGGCGCUCGUCACAAGUAUACUUUACGAUCAAUAUGAACCUGGACUUAGCUCAGGAAGCAAUGGUGAUGUUUUCUCUGUCUUGCAUUCUUCCCUUUAAAUACCCUACAGUCUUGCCCGAAAUUACAGUCAGAUCAGCGUCACUGAGUAGGUCCCAGCAGACUCAGCUGAACACAGAUCUGACAGCACACCUGGAGAAGAACUAUCUUGGAGAUGUCUGCAUACUGAAUGCCACAGAGUGGGUGAGAGAGCAUGCCUCUGACUAUGUCGACAGAGAUACCUCAGUCUCCCCCACCAAGGACAGCACCGUCCAGCCAGUGGACCUCACUGUCACAAGGCUCUGGAUCUAUAGCCAUCAUAUCUACAACAAAUGCAAAAGAAAAAGCAUUCUAGAGUGGGCAAAGGAGCUGUCCCUGUGUGGGUUCAGCAUGCCUGGGAAACCUGGUGUUGUUUGUGUGGAAGGCCUACAGAGUGCUUGUGAAGAAUUCUGGUCAAGACUGAGAAAAUUAAACUGGAAGAGAAUUUUAAUUCGCCAUCGAGAAGAUAUUCCUUUUGAUGGUACAACUGAAGGAAUGGCAAAACAACAGAAGUUUUCAGUUUUUGAAGAAAAGGCCUUCAGUGUCCAUGGAGCCAGAGGAAACCACAUGGACUUCGGUCAGCUGUAUCAGUUCUUAAAUGCCAGGGGAUGUGGGGAUGUUUUCCAGAUGUUCUUCGGUGUAGAAGGACAGUGACUGAGCAGGGGGGUGGUCAGACUGUUGGGCCACUGCUCCUCUUUUCAUUGCUUCUUCCCAUUCUAUAUUAAAAUGUAAUUUUAGUUCCAUUCUAGAGUGUUAUAGCAUUGGGGACAUAAGAAAAAAAUUAAUACAGUUGAGAUGCAUGUGUCAAAACAUGCCUUGCCAGCCAGGCUCAGUGGUGCAUGCCUAUAAUCCCAGCACUCUGAAGUGACAGCAGGAGAAGGGAAUGAUGGGCCAAGACAUCUACAGAGAUGCCAGUCCUACUUACUUGUCACAUGUGGCCCCAAAAUUAACCUUUGGCUAUUUCCAGACUUUCAAAAUAAAAUGAAAUUUUAAAGUCUCUAUGCUUGUUAUCAGCAGUCAAAAGUUUGUCAGAUUUUUUUUUUCAAAGCUUUGGCUUUGAAACUACCCUGGCAUUCCAUAUACUAACAGUAAAGUCUUUGUUUUUUGGUUUGUUUACUUUGGUUUUGGUUUUAGGAGACAAGGUUUCUCUGUGUACCCUUGGCUGUCCUGGAACUCCCUUUGUUGCCUAUUUAGUUUUCUUGAAAGAAGGUUUCUCUGUGUGACCAAACCCUGGCUGUCUAGACUUGCUUUGUAGACCAAGGUGGCCUCAGACUCAGGACACAGAGAUCCACCUGCCUCUGCCUUUCAAGUGCUAGGAUUAAAGGCAUCUACUACCAUUGCCAAGCUCCAAGGUUUUUUAAAAGAAAUAUUCUUAUUAUGUUUUUUGAGGAUUGGGAUGAAGAUUUGGGGAUAUAUUUAUACAUAUACAUACAUGUAUGGAUAUAUAUGUAUACACAUAUAUAUUUUGUUUUGUUUUUGUUUUUUUGAGACAAGAUUUCUCUGUGUAGCCUGAGUGUCCUGGACUCACUUUGUAGACCAGGCUGGCCUAUGACUCACAGAGCUCUGCCUGUGUCUGCCUUUCAGAAUGCUGGUUAAAGUAUCUUUUAUUCAACUGAUUUAAUUGUCAUCUCAGAGGCUUCCUGCCUCCAUCUGUUAACCCUGGUCUACCUAGAAGCUUCUAGCCUCCGUACAGUCUAAUCUAGCCUAGACUGUUUUCAGCCUCUGCUACUUACUGCUGAAUAGCUCACCCUUUCUAGCUCUUUCUGAAUUCUGGCUGGCAGAUUCGACUCAGCUGUUUGGCUCAAAACUCUUCUCUAAGCUGACUGAUUCAAACUGGCUUUUUUCAGCUUCUGACUGAAUUGCUCCAUUUAGCCUCAACCUAUCUCUAGUAGUCUGUUUUAAUCUUCUGAUUCCUUCUCAUUUUGGUUCAUUCUGUCUUGAACUGUGUAUAGUUUGUUCUCUUCCAACCUCUCUCUAUAAACUCUCCUGGUAAAAUGCCUCUGAAUUCUACCAAUUGAACUGCAACAAACAACUCAACUCACUGACUCAACUGAAAACUGCCUGAACAGAACUGACUAGAACUCAGAGAUCUGCAUGCCUCUGUCUUCUGAGUGCUGGGAUUAAAGGUGUGUACCACAA